AUGGUAAAGCCUUCACAUAAUUUGAGAAGAGAACAUAAAUGGCUUAAGGAUACGGAAGCGUAUCUCCCAGAUAAGAGUGUAUUAGGGAUAUUGCAGAAGCAUGUAACUGCUAAACGCUCUGCUACUUUGAAUUCUGGUGUUGAAAAUGAUUUGGCACGGAGGACGGGUUCGACGCUGGAUCAAGUACCCAGAAACUUGACAUCAUCGAUGCCAGUUUCUUCUGGUGCUGUCACGACAGCACAGACAGCAGUAGCAGGCACGUGGGAUGAGGGAUCAUAUACGAAUACCACCAUUGCAGUGGCUACAGUAUUGGAUUCAGAUGGUGAUUCCGAUUUGGAAUUGAUCGCUGAUCGACCAAGUGCGAACAACUCCAACGUUACCAGUAGCAUCACUGCACAAAUAACUCAGAAGACUGAGAUUAAUACUAAUGGUAAGAGUACAUCCGACCAAGAUUUACAUCGCUUGGUAUCUUUACUUUGGCAACAAUCAGAAUUGUUGCAAGAGAAAUGUGAAAUACUGGAGUCGACAUCUCUGUCACAAGAUAACAAAAGGUCGAAGAUUGGCUCGUUUAUUAACCCUACAUUGAAUCGCAUCAAGCAGCAAAUAUCAGCUAUGGACAACCUUCUCCCAUCUCUGCCUCAGGCCAGGGCUGUGCCUGAUUUACAAUCUUUUCCAGCGGUAUCUAGAAAUGCAUCGGCAUCUAUAUCUCGUCGUAACUCACCGACUCCACAUGCCACUGAAAGUGUCAAUCCAAUCCCCUCAGAGGAUAUAGAUAUAGACAUUCCUUCUUCGCAAACGCAAUUAACACAGCAGCAUAACAGCUCUUCGCCAAAGAUUCAACCGUCAAGGAGACUGCGACAUAGAGAUCCAAAUCAAAAUUAUUAUAUUCCCACUUUGUCACAAAUGGAUGAGAAUCCUCAUUUAUUACAAGAAUCAUUACUGAGUAAACGGCGAACAACCAGUACUAAUAACAAUAUCCAUCAUAACGAUAAUGACAGUGAUGCAUCAGCUGAAGCAGAAUCUGAAGACUCGCAUUUUCUCACUACGAUGGAAGAAGAUCAAAUUUACGAUAACGAGUUGCAUGAAUCUGACAAAGAUUUCGUCGUCGAUGGGAAUUACCUCGAUUAUGACGAGGGACCUGAAGCGGAUGCAGAAUACCAUGAAGAGGAUGAUAGUAAUGUUCCCUUUGAAAAAGAGCGCUCUUCAAACCAAAUUAUUAUUGAUUCAUCUCCUGGUAGCUCGCCAAGGCAUUUGAACCCACCGUCUCAACCUCCAUUACAACAGCAAACUCAGAAUACAAGUCAGGAAUUCCAGCCUACUCCGCAAUUGAGAUUAUUGGACGAUGAUGAUGUAGAAUUCCUGGAAGACCCCAUUUCAGAGUCUCUGCCGCAGGAUCAUACCGUUGCAGUGCACUCCGAGGAGUUUGAACCACUGUCAGAUACAGAUCUGGAGGAGUUUGAUGCUGAACGAGAAGACCAAACGCAGUUUGAUGAAAUUAAGGAACUGGAUGACGACUUGAAAAUCAUUUCAGAGGCGAAAUUAGAUGCCGAAGAUGUGCCCUUAUCAUUCGCUAUCAAGAAGGAACCGAAAAGCCUUGACACGCAAUUACAAACUGAACUGGUGCCAGUGCCAGAAGUUAUUGAAGAUGAUGACUUUUCCAUGGCAGACCUGGAACCCUAUAUGGAGGAAACCGAGAAGUGUACGAGAGAGAAUUCAGUACAACCUCAAUAUGCAUGGACAUCAGAAAUGUACCACAAAUUACGGCAUGUCUUUGGACUUGAUUCAUUUAGACCAAAUCAAUUGGAAGCAGUUAAUGCCACUUUACAGGGUAAGGAUGCGUUCGUUCUUAUGCCAACAGGUGGUGGUAAGUCACUCUGUUACCAACUUCCGGCUAUUGUGAAAUCAGGAAGGACAUCUGGGACCACGAUCGUUGUCUCUCCUUUGAUUUCUUUGAUGCAGGAUCAGGUUGAGCAUCUUUUGGCAAAAGAUAUCAAAGCUAGUAUGUUCAGUUCUAAAGGAACAGCCGAACAAAGAAGAAUGACUUUCAAUUUGUUCAUGAAUGGAUUACUAGAAUUGGUUUAUAUUUCUCCAGAAAUGAUUAAAGCUUCCGUACAGUGUAAGAAAGCAAUUUCGAAACUGUACGAACAUGGAAAGUUGGCAAGGAUUGUAGUCGAUGAAGCGCACUGUGUUUCAAAUUGGGGUCAUGAUUUCAGGCCUGAUUACAAGGAGUUAAGCUUUUUCAAGCAAGAGUAUCCAGAUAUUCCAAUGAUUGCAUUAACUGCAACUGCAAGUGAGCAGGUCAGAAUGGAUAUCAUUCAUAAUCUUCAGUUAAAUAAUCCGGUGUUUUUGAAGCAGAGUUUCAAUAGAACUAAUCUAUUCUAUCAAGUCUUGAAAAAAGAGAAGAACUCAAUAUUCCAAAUGUGCGACAUGAUCAGAACCAAAUUCAAGAAUCAAACUGGGAUCAUCUACUGUCAUUCUAAGAACUCCUGUGAACAAACUAGUGCUCUAAUGCAAAAGAAUGGUGUGAAAUGUGCGUUUUACCAUGCUGGUAUGGACCCUGAUGAACGUUUUCAAGUACAGCAAGAUUGGCAGGCCGAUCGUGUUCAAGUCAUUUGUGCUACGGUUGCCUUCGGUAUGGGUAUUGAUAAACCUGAUGUCCGUUUUGUUUUCCACUUCACUGUACCUAGAACAUUGGAAGGCUACUAUCAAGAGACAGGUAGAGCUGGAAGAGACGGAAACUUUUCUCAAUGUAUCAUGUAUUAUUCUUUCCGCGAUGUGAGAACUAUUCAGACAAUGAUCCAAAAAGAUAAGAACUUGGAUAUGAUCAAUAAGGAAAAGCAUUUGGAUAAAUUACAACAAGUAAUGCAGUAUUGUGAUAACAGAACUGAUUGUAGGAGACAGCUGGUUCUAUCUUAUUUUAACGAGCAGUUCGAUCCAAAAGAUUGUGGGAAAAAUUGUGACAAUUGUAAGAACUCUUCCAAUAUCGUCUAUCAGACAAAGGAUGUUACAGAAGAAUCUAAGGACAUAGCAAAUUUAAUCAAAUCUAUUCAAGAUUCAAAAGUUACUCUUAUUCAUUGUCAAGAUGUUUAUAAGGGGUCGAAAUAUCAAAAAAUUGUUCAGUUAGGCCACCACCAAUCACCUUAUCAUGGGAUGGGUAAGGACUGGAAGAAGGCAGAUAUUGAGAGAAUAUUUUUCAAGCUAGUUACAGAAAGGAUUUUGAAUGAGUACUCGGUGAGUACUGGGAGAGGCUUUUUUUCCACAUAUGUAAAACUGGGUCCCAGAGCUAAAGAUUUGUUCAAAGGCAAAUUGAAGGUGGAAAUCAGAUUUGUUGCAACAGAAGAAACGACAGGGUCCAACAGAUACUCUGACAAAAACGGUAAAGAAGGACCGGCUCAUAACCACUCUGCAAGAGCAAUAUCUGGGAGGUCUUUGACAGAUAAAUCAAAUAUGGCUGUCUUAUCCACCCCCAAUGUUUCGAGAUCUUUUACAACAAAUAGUUCUGACAUUCAUCCUGGUAGUGCCAAAGACCACAUUAAUAGAUUUAGGUACAGUGAAAUGGCGGAUGCACGUUCUUCACCAGUACAACUUACUAAUGGCGUGUCUUACGUUUCUUCCCAAGAGCAAGCACAUAUCACAAAAUGUUUCAAUUUGUUGAAGGAUAUUGCCAUCAAUGUUUCCAGCAAGUUCAAUUUUCCCAAUGAUACCAUGUUGAUUUCGGAUGCUAUUCUCUGGAAAGCUGCUAACAAGCUCCCUGCAGAUCAAGCAUCUUUUGCUAACCUAAAUGGUUCAAAUGAUCCAGCACUGGCGAAAAGAUUUAAAUACUUUUCUGCUACGUUAAAGAAGUGUAAGAAGGAAAGACAUCAUAUUAUAGUGGUAUCAUCUGAUAAAUCACUUCCAACAACGACAGAAACUGGUGAUCGCUCUGAGUAUUUCAAUGGAAACGAAGGGAUAGAUGACAGUGCUGUCAUUAGUCAAAUAAAAGAAAUAAUGUUUGCGUCCUCAUCAACUUCUUCUCAGAAUGCUACAUACUCUCAAAAGAGAUCAAAACCUAAAGCGUCAGGACGCGGUUGGAAGAAAUCAUGGAAGUAUUCUAAACGUAAAUAG